UAUCAAAUGUCAAAAAUUCAGCAUUUGUAAUUUAUUUUAAGGUUAAUUCGUUAUUCUAACGUUUAUUAAUUAAGAUUGUAUUUACUUUUAAAAUACCUAUAGUAUUUAAUUUUAUUAUUAUUCGUAUAAAUUAAUAAUCCAUCAAGAUGUCAACUGCUAUGCCAAUUAAUCCAAAACCAUUUCUCAAUGGUCUCACCGGGAAAGCCGUCUUAGUGAAAUUAAAAUGGGGCCAUGAAUAUAAAGGUUAUCUUGUCUCAGCUGACGGAUAUAUGAAUGUACAAUUAGCAAAUGCAGAAGAAAUUAUUGACGGAGCUGUUGCAGGAUCAUUAGGGGAAAUUCUAAUACGAUGUAAUAAUAUUUUAUUCAUAAGAUGCGCCGAAGAAGAAGAUGAAGAGGGUGAAAUGAGAGAUUAGUUUAGUCUUAGUAUAAUUUAUAAUUAAGUUUUUCUACAAAUAAAAAAUUUGAAUAAGUAUAACAGUUAUAUUCUUUCAUAAAAGGUGUAAUUAUUUUUAUUUAAUUAAAAUAGAAAUUUUAUCAAUUUCUUAUAUCAAUUUGAAAAUUUGAAAGUUAACUGUUUACAACUUUGUAUACUGAAAUAAAAACAAUAGAAAAUAA